AGGUUCUGCAGCCGCUUUCUUCUCUGGCGUCUCAGCUGGUUUCUGGAGGUUUAUUCUGGACGGACGUCAGAGACGAUGACGUCCUCUGGACGAGUGAGUCGCGCUGAACGAUUCGAUCGACUGAAUCUAAAAGAAGACGUCAGAGCUGACCUGCAACAAAGGUCCGAAGGCCAGAAUCGAACCUGGGGCAGUGAGAUCACACGGGACGCACCUUACACCACUGCUCCACCAACAGGCCCUGAGAGAGAGAGAGAGAGAGGCGUGUCCACAUACUUUUGGCCAUGCAGCGUAUCGGUUAGGGGUUGUUUUGAAAGCUGAAACGCUCGGUUGGCUUUGAGAUCAACAGCAGAAGUUUCCUCCGUCAGUUGACGAUGGAGUCUGUGCUGGUCUGCGUGAUCCUCCUCUCGCUCAGCGGUUUCCGGGGGGAGCGGCGUGCCACCGCCCUGCCGGCCCCCACCGUGCAGGUGAGGGCCGGGGAGGACGCCACCCUGCAGUGCCCCCUGCUGGACGCCUCCAAUGCCUCCUCCGCCGCUGCCCCCUCCACCCUCAGCUGGUACAGGAAGGCGGCGGGGCAGAGUCCUCAGCUGCUGCUGAGCUUCAGGUCCACCAACGCCUCCAGCGUGAAGUACGGCUCCGGCGUCGGUCCCGAUAAAGUCUCGGCUGCAGCCGACGGCUCGCUGCUGCUGCGCGGCUCCCAGCGGAGCGACGCUGCAGUUUAUUACUGCGCCAUCAGUCGGGGAGGGCGGCAGAAGAAGAAAGCAACAAGGAGACGAAGAUGAAGUGAACUCUGCAGCUGCUUUUAGACUCGGACCGUUUCUGGCUCAGUGUUUUCUGUCAUUUGGACUGAUUUCAGAAUUUAGGAAUAUAAACACCUGCAUGAUGUCAUGAAACGCAGUAAAUGUACCUUCAGUUAGCUUAUUAAUCCUUUUUGUUUCUGUUGCUGAGAACAAGUUCCCAUAACAACAUUCAUCUUAUUAUAUAUUUUCAUUGUUAUUGUUGUUAUGAGUAUUUUUAUGAAUCUAAUUUGAAUCUCCUUUUUACUUUUUGACUGUUUGUCUUUUACCUUAUUCAGUAUUUCGGUUUUACCACGGACCAAAAGAGUGAAUUCUGCUGCAUUGACACUUGAGUUUCCCCUUGAGAUUAAUAAAGUAUCUUUAUAUCUACA